AUGACACCAACAACUGUCCAUUGCUGGAAGAUGUUGUAACUGAUCAUGAUAACUCUUCCCUUUGGCUAAUGAAAGUACCUUAUGAUUUUAACUUGGAAAGUCUAACAGGCCAGACUGUUAUUUUAAAUGGAUCACAGCAUUUAUCUCUUGAUGUCACACAGGGCAGAGAGAAAAAAAGAUAUGAAAUGCAUUCAAGGGCAGGUAGCACCGCUGAGCUGUCUUCUUUUACUGUAUUGCUACCAUCUUCCAAACGAAAAUCUUUUUGUUCAGCUGGUACAUUUAGUGGACAGAUGAGUGUCAUUCAGUCUGUGGUAGUUCCUCCGUCCACAAAACAAGAAGUCCCAGAGUCUUCCAGGCAAAGUUCACCGAAGAAAGCGAAGCGAACAUCAAGCCUCGUUGAAGACGACAUGGUAUCAAGUUCAUCUGCUAAGAAAAAGAAGAAUAAAGAACAAAACCACAUUACCGAAGAAAGUUUUCUUGAAUCACCAAAACAUAAAAAGGAUAAACGGAAAACUGACGUAGCAGAAACACCAAAUGAAGCUAGUGAUAAAUAUCAGAAGCGCGAUUCUCCGAAGAAGAUAAAGGAGAAGGAGAGACAUAAAGUUGAUCUAACACAGUCAAGAUUUGAACCAAAGACUGAAAGAACAGCAAUCGGAGAACAGUGUUUAAUACAAUCGCCAAAGAAGCGUAAAAGAGAGGUUGUCGAAAAACAGGGAAACAGUGAAGAUUCACCAUUUACGUUAAAUGAAAAAUCGCUAAGGAAACGUAAAACAGAUGUUGUCGAAAUUCAAGGAAACAAUGAAGAAUCACCACUGAUGUCAAGUAAGAAAAAGAAGAAACGUAAAUCCAGUGAUACAGGAAGCCCAGAAUCUGCUCUGCUUGAGGAAACUAUUCCACGGUCCAAGUCGGAUAAAGACAGUUGUUUAGAAGUGAAGAACAUGGAUUCCAUUAAACGCAAAAAGGAUAAAAGUGGACAUGAAUCUGAACCCGAAAAAUCGCGGAAGAAAAAGAAACAUUCAAAAAUGAAAACAGGAUGAUUUAUGAUGACAGCGGUUUGCGAGAAAUACUAAAAUUAAACUUGUUUCUGUUUGCUUUCAGCCGUUCCUUUUUCUGGGCAAAAUUCUUUUGUAUCAACUGUGAACAACCAUUCCUCUUCAGGUGUUGUUGGAAGGAUUAUUGGAAAAUUAAGGAAAAGUACUGUUCAGUUCUGCCGUUUGAUGUUGCCUUAAUUAAAUAUUUUACUUCAA